GCGGGACUCGCGGCGGGACUCGCAGCGGGAGCAGCGGCCCCGUGUCCCCCGAUGAUGCAGCUCUGGCAGGUCACAGCCUCGCUGCUCCUGGGCACGGCCCGGGCGGCGUGCGACGAGGAGCUGCUGGCGCGGGAGGGGGUCACUUUCUGCGUGAACGUGAGCCGGCAGCAGCCCUUCCCCGCGCUGCGGAGCGUCCGCGGGCUCCGCGUGCCCGUGUGGGACCGGCCGGACGAGGACCUGCGGCGCUGGUUCGAGCCCUGCGGCGCCGCCAUCGAGGCGGCCGUGCGCGCCGGGGGCCGGUGCCUGGUGUACUGCAAGAACGGCCGCAGCCGCUCCGCUGCCAUCUGCACCGCCUAUCUCAUGAGACACCGCCAGCUUUCCCUCAAGGAAGCGUUCGAGGCUGUGAAAACUGCCAGACCCGUAGCAGAACCAAAUGCAGGAUUUUGGUCUCAGCUGCAGAGAUAUGAAGAAGAAUUGCAGAUACAAAAGAAGUCUGCUCUGCUGAGUAAAGGACUUAAAAAUAGUGAUGUGUGAAGAUACUUUAAAGAAAGUGAAGUGACUUUUUUAAAAAAGGGGGAAAAAUCACUUCCUAAAUCACCUGUAGAUAAAACACUCUACCCCCAUAACUGAGUUGAUGGUUCAUUAAAUUCAUUCAGAGCA